CAUUGGACACCCCGCCCUCCGGAUGUGACGAACGGCAGUAGUGCCGAGUUCCGGUAUUCCCUCUGCGGCGGAUCGGCUGCCAGACCGAGGAGAGCUCAACGCGUUGAGCUGGGAUCAAGUGAACGCUUGUCCGCCGCCGACAGACAGCAGCGUUUGCUACCCCAAUGACUUUUAAGGCUACUCUUCUCAGGGCUGCUGUCUACUAAAACUCUGGAGUCUCUGGAAACUGAAAUCCUUAUAGGAGUACAGUUUGUCACUGAUUGCAGAGUAGACGUCAAGUCAUGUCCGUGGACAUGAACAGCCAAGGUUCUGACAGCAAUGAGGAAGACCUGGAUCCCAACUAUGAUGACGCAGAGGAGGAAGACCCUGGUGACAUUGAAGAUUAUUAUGUAGAUGUGGCCAGUGAUGUGGAGCAGCAAGGGGCUGAUGCUUUUGAUCCAGAGGAGUAUCAGUUCACCUGCUUGACCUACAGGGAAAGCCAGCGAGUCCUAAAUGAACAAGUUAACAUUGUGGCUUCAGCGUUGAAGGUGCAGCCUGCAGUUGCUAAACUUGUACUGGUGCAUUUCCACUGGCAGGUGGCAGAUAUAUUGGAAAGGCACAAGUCCAGCUCGUCACAGUUGUUAUUGGAAGCCAAAGUGCAGCCCUGCAACUGCAAACCAGCUGCCUCUCACACCUCCUUGCUCUGUGGUGUGUGUUUGCAGCUCGUUCGUAAGGAGAAUCUACUGGCACUGGCAUGUCAACAUCUCUUCUGCAAAGCCUGCUGGGAGCAGCACUCAACAGUAUUGGUGAAGGAAGGGGUAGGCGUAGGAAUCUCAUGCAUGGCUCAGGAGUGUCCUUUGAGGAUGCCUGAAGAUUUUGUGUUACCACUGUUACCCAGUGAAGAGCUUCGAGAGAAAUACCGCCGUUACCUCUUCAGGGAUUAUAUUGAGAGCCAUUUCCAGUUGCAGCUGUGCCCUGGUGCUGACUGUCCCAUUGUCAUUCAAGUACAAGAACCCCGAGCCCGCCGAGUACAGUGCAGCCGUUGCAGUGAAGUUUUUUGUUUUAAGUGCCGACAGAUGUAUCACGCACCCACAGACUGUGGUACAAUACGGAAGUGGCUGACAAAAUGUGCAGAUGACUCUGAAACAGCAAACUACAUCAGCGCACACACUAAAGAUUGUCCAAAGUGCAAUAUUUGUAUUGAGAAGAAUGGAGGUUGCAACCAUAUGCAAUGCUCCAAGUGUAAGCACGAUUUCUGCUGGAUGUGUCUCGGGGAUUGGAAGACACAUGGCAGUGAGUAUUAUGAAUGUAGCCGGUACAAAGAAAACCCUGACAUCGUAAAUCAGAGCCAGCAGGCGCAGGCUCGUGAAGCACUCAAGAAAUAUUUAUUCUACUUUGAAAGGUGGGAAAAUCACAAUAAAAGCUUACAGUUGGAAGCACAGACAUACCAGCGAAUCCAGGAGAAGAUCCAGGAGCGUGUAAUGAAUAACCUGGGCACCUGGAUUGACUGGCAAUACCUGCAGAAUGCUGCCAAGCUGCUUGCAAAGUGUCGAUAUACGUUGCAGUAUACAUAUCCCUAUGCCUACUACAUGGAAUCUGGUCCCAGGAAGAAGCUGUUUGAGUACCAGCAGGCCCAGCUUGAGGCCGAAAUAGAAAACUUAUCCUGGAAGGUUGAACGAGCCGACAGCUAUGAUCGUGGGGAUCUAGAAAAUCAGAUGCAUAUUGCAGAACAAAGAAGACGAACGCUGCUGAAAGACUUCCAUGAUACUUGAUCUUGGAAAAAGUGAGGAUAAGAGUGGCUUAGAAUGAUGGGACUGAGAAGCCUCGACAGGCUGGGGAUACUAGAAACAAACUGUUUUAUUCACCUUUUCGCACAUUCUUGUUGCCCUUCCCUCACCUGCUUUCAAGCAGUUUUGGAGACCAGGUGCUGUAGCAACCUGAAAACACUUCAAAACCCCCUAAACACCCCCCAUCCCCCCCGCCCUUUUUUUUUUUUUUGGUGAAAACACAGUUUGGAGUCUUUCCCCAAAAUAUGCCAGGAUGCAAGAGACUUCCCUUAUAUUGGCACUGGUGCAGGGAGAUUAUGCUGCAAAAGGAAUUCAGACUUUGUCUUCGUCUACAUGGAGACGCCAACUCAGCCAUAUGCCGUAUUUCCUCCUCCUUUCCUCCUGCAUUUUCAGGUCCCUGCUUUACUUAGUUUGCUUUCUUAUUUGAAAUGGCUGUUAAUAGUAAUAGAUCGAAUAAAAAUGAUGUAAUUUUUGAAGGUUGUACAUUAAUACUGAAAUAGAAUAACAGAUUCACAUUUUUAAGAC